UAAUCCAGUAAACCCUAGGCGAAAAAAAUCUUAAACCCUGAUUCGCAGCUUGCCGACUGGAUAAAAAAAAAAUCCGACAAUGUUGAGGCGCUACGUCUGCGCGUCACUCUUCGCGGCGCGUUUUUUCUCGACGGAAGCGGCAGUUGAGAAAGCCGUGGCAACUAAUAAAGGCGCUGCGAAAACUGGUAGUAGAGGUGGGGUUGGACGAGAGACGCUGGGAUGGAGGCUUAUAGGCCUUGUGUAUCCCAAACGCAGCGCCGUGAUCACGAUACGGAAAUGGAUAGAAGAAGGCCAUACGGUUCGAAAGUACGAGCUCAAUAGGAUUGUCCGAGAGCUUCGGAAGCUCAAGCGCUAUAAGCACGCCCUCGAGAUAUGUGAAUGGAUGAGAUUGCAACAAGAUAUCAAGCUAUUGCCUGGUGACUAUGCCAUUCAUUUAGACUUGAUUGCAAAAGUUCGUGGAUUAGCUAGUGCGGAAAAGUUCUUCGAAGACCUUCCCGAGAAGAUGAGAGGUCAAGCUGCAUGUUCGGCUCUUCUCCACACGUAUGUCCAGAACAAGUUGUCUGCUAAAGCCAAGGCUUUGAUGGAGAAAAUGUCUGAAUGUGGUCUCAUUAAGAAUCAUCUUCCUUACAAUCACAUGCUCUCUCUAUACAUCUCAGAAGGACAAUUUGAUAAGGUUCCUGAAAUAGUGAGUGAAUUGAAGAAAAACGCUUCGCCGGAUAUUGUUACUUAUAAUUUGCUGUUAUCUGUUUGUGCCACCCAAAAUAAAAUUGAAUCUGCUGAAGAAAUUUAUGAUGAUCUUAAGAAAGCGAAGAUAGAACCCGACUGGGUAACAUAUAGUGCAUUGACCAACCUAUACAUAAAAGCAAAGCAAUUUGAUAAGGCAACAUCAACUUUGAAGGAAAUGGAAAAGAAGGCUUCUCGGAAAAAUCGAGUUGUUUAUCCCUCCCUUAUCAGUUUGCAUACAAACAUGGGGGACAAAGAUGGGGUUGAUCGAAUCUGGAAGAAGAUGAAAUCAUGCUUCCGCAAAAUGAACGAUGCCGAGUAUAUGUGUAUGAUAUCGUCACUUGUGAAACUUGGAUAUUUUGAAGAGGCUGAGAAACUAUACAAUGAGUGGGUGUCUGUUUCCGGAAGCGGUGAUACUAGAAUUCCAAACAUACUGCUUGCAGCUUACAUCAAUGGAGACAAUAUGGAAAUUGCUGAAAACUUCUAUCAGCAAAUCGUGCGGAGGGGUAUUUCCCCUUGUUACACUACUUGGGAACUUCUUACUUGGGGCUAUUUAAAGAAGCAACAAAUGGAAAAAGUGUUAGAUUGUUUUAAGCAAGCUGUUUGUAGUGUAAAAAAAUGGAAUCCAAAUGACAGGUUGGUCGGAGAAGUUUUUAAGAAACUCGAGGAGCUAGGUGAUACUGAAGGGGCAGAGAAAUUGUUAGUUAUUCUUCGGAAUGUUGACCAUAUCAGUACUAAGGUAUACAAUUCACUUCUUCGAGCAUAUGCAAAAGCUGGUAAAAUGCCACUCAUUAUUGCUGAAAGGAUGCAGAAGGAUAAUGUACCACAAGACGAGGAAACACAUAAGCUCAUUAAAUUAACUAACCAAAUGCGUGUGGCUGAAGUUUCAAGCAGUUUUUGAGGUUGCAUAUGGCAGAGUAAGAAUUACUUUGAUGAAAACAGGUGCGUUGAACUAGAGGUAACUCUCAUCCUGCAUAAUAUGAUUUCUCUACUCUGUAGUAAAUAGAUGAAACACUAUGAUGCCAAAUUAGUUGCAGAAAGUGUUACUAAUUAUAGAACAAUCCGUCGGAAAUUCCAUCUUCGAUUAGUUUAUUAGCUCCUGUGUAUAUUGCAAAGAAAAUAAGGUUGGUACUACCUGAAAUGUUAAAACCGUUGCAUGUUUGCAGUUGUUGA